AUGUCAGAAGAAACUGAACAAGUGGACAUAAUGUAUGGAUUAAAAACUGUUUUAAGCCGCAUAGAUGUAGCUGUUUCUAAAAGAAGUAAGGAUUUGCCACAAAUAAUGCCAACAAUGGUGGCUGUUUCAAAGAUAAAACCGGCCUCGCUAAUAAUACAAGCCUAUGAGGCAGGACAGAGACAUUUUGGUGAAAAUUACGUCAAUGAACUAUCAGAGAAGGCACAGGACCCACAGAUAUUGGAAAUGUGCAAGGAUAUUAAAUGGCACUUUAUUGGUCACUUACAAACAAACAAAAUAAAUAAACUCCUCCAAUCACCUAAUUUGUACAUGGUAGAGACUGUAGACUCUGCAAAAUUGGCUGACAACUUGAACAAGCAGUGGGAGAAGUUCCGCCAAGGGGAUGUGAAGCUCAAAGUUAUGGUACAAGUUAACACAAGUGCUGAAGAUGCUAAAAAUGGAAUAGAACCUUCCGAAGCAAGUACACUAGUGAAACAUGUGUUGGAGAAUUGUCCUAACCUUGAUUGCAAGGGGCUGAUGACUAUUGGACAGUACGAUUAUGAUGUGUCACUUGGACCAAACCCCGAUUUUCUUUUGCUUGCAAAAUGUAGACAAGAGGUCUGUCAGAAUUUGAACCUGGAUAUUGACCAUGUUGAAUUAUCUAUGGGAAUGUCUGCUGACUUUGAACAUGCUAUUGAACUAGGAGCUACUACUGUGCGAGUUGGUUCUACAAUUUUCGGCGCCAGACCAAUAAAACAUCAGUAA